AGCUUCGAAGUAACGCCAACCCUCCAAAUUUCAUUUUUGGUUCAUAUCCAUCCAUCCCGUUUUCCAAUUCAUACUCUAUUUCGAUUUCUCAUUCGGUUCCGUUCAAAUCCAUCCUAACCCACAACAAUCAUCAUGUCUCUCAAUCAUCCUCCACAGUCCCUACCAUCCUUUGCACAAGCAUUCUCCACUUCUUCUCUCAGUUCAAUCCCAAGCUCAAAUAACGCGUUACCCCCAAUUCAACGAACAAAUCAAACAAUUUCACCUCCUCUUUCAUCACGACAACCUAGCGUAGACCAACUAAGAAACUCUAGAAAGCGUUCAAGAGAAGAGGUCAUCGCUCGUGCAGACAGCAACUCUGACUCUGGCCACAAUGAUAAUGAUAGCCGCCAGUCACCAAGAGUCCUACGAAUAAAGGAGGAAGACGACCUCGAUGAUCCAAGAAUCGAAUCUCAAUCCCCUCCUCCAAUUCCUCCACCCUCCCCCAAGAAACGACGGGUCACAGUCAGCGGUACCAUCCACCCACCACCACCCAACUCUGCUCCCUCUUCCUCUGAUACAUCACAUUCUACUCCAAUUACACCCGUGGUCAUAACAAUACCCACAGCAGAAGAUCCUUCCAGGGAACAGUUGAGGUCUAUUCAGGCCCUCAAACAGCAACCGAAAUCACUCAUUGAACAACGCAGAGGAAGUUUCGCUGGUCCCCCCGGUCCGACAACCAUGUUGUCACCUGCUAUUAAUAAUGGUACUUCAUCCUCUUCUGCCACUUAUUCCCCUCCAGAACCUCCUUUGCAAUCAUCCAAACUCUCCACUCUCCCAAGGUUGGGUCGACGUAGUCCAAAUACGGCUCCCCGUACAGGUCCUGCUCGUGCGACUGUUGCUUCACAGCCACUCACUCCUCCCCCUAUGAUCGUACCAAGUCAACAGUCACUCUCCACUAGUGAUGCCCCUCAACAGAGCCCUCCUUCAAACUCCCUACCACCUCCCCCUAUCAGUUUCGCCCGCCGUCGCGCAGCUCAGUCCGGUGGCCGUAAAAGAAAGCCCGCUGAUAUUGUCAUCAGCCCUCGUGGCCCUCAUUCUUCUGAUCCACUCGUACCUGUCAUACAAAGCGCUCCUCCAGUCCCAGAAUUUGGUCGCUUCCCCAUGGCUUUACCAAGACUUCCAACCGCUCUAAGUGGAAACCAGACAGCUCGAAGAGUCGCCACCAAUGUUCCUCCAACUCCCACCCGAUUCGGCUUGCAGCAUACCAUAGGUCCCACUGCACCCCGCACCGCCACGUCUACAAGAUCUCCCCCUGCUAUACCAAUCGCAAACUCAUUGGUACCACCUACACCACGCUCCCUCCAACAUCCAGGCUACUCGGGAGACAAAUCUGCCUUUUUGGCGCCCUUUGAGGUCUUCUAUGACGCGCUCAACGACUCUAAGCAGAUGAAAAACUGGCUGUCAGAGCAGCUGCAAAAAUCAAACGCGCUCUUGCAAUCUCUACAAAAGGUGGAUCAGGUUGUCGAGGAUUUGGUAGAGAAAAGGACGCGUUCGAUGCAGGAGGAGAUGCAAAGUAUGCGUCAACGCAUGGAUUCCUUAGAGGAAGCACUUCGUGCUGUGCGCGCAGACUCGGCACGCAAUCAGAGCGCCGGGUACCCCCAGGGGUCCAAGUUCCCCCAAAACGGAAUGUCAUCUGGCUCCGAACCAUCAUCGUCAUACAGAUUCCCCACUGCCAACGAGCCGCGCCGACGAGUCUCGCCGCCUAGCUGGGGCACUGAUAAGGAUCGCGCUGCGUCUCGGUCUCCUGAUCCUGACCGGCGAAUGUCGGUAUCCGUCGCACGGUUGGAAGCCCCACCACGUCUGAUAUCGGGCGACAUUCAGUCCCAAGCACCUUAUUCGCCAUUCGCUGCCACAUCCGGUCGUAGUGGACCUGUGCCUGCGUCUAACCCAAAACGCACUCCCCCGCUACGAUCUCAACCUGUACCUGAGCGGACAUCUACGCGCCAAGCAGACGCACGACCACCGAACCGAAUGUACUACUCAGGAUCGUAUAACUGUGGGAGCGGCGAAUCAUCCAGGAGUAGCGACAGCCAUAAAAAUUCCGGCGCGAUGGAGGAGCGCUGAUCUUUUUUUGCAUUCCUACUGAUUUCGUGCAUACCGCUUUCCUGGAUGCUAUCAGGACCAACAUUCUUUGCGCUCGGACGUUCUGCAUGACCGCAUUUAUUGCGGAGGAUCUUGGACAAAAUAUCUCUCCUUAUCGCAUGCGUUGUCGUCUAGUUAUAGUCGCUUUCGAGUUCUCUGUUUCGUUUCGCAUGGUUUCGUUUUUUAGUUUCAAAGUUUCAGUUCGCUGAUUGCU